UGAGUGCGGACAGCGCGUGAUAUUUUCGUGUGUGUUAAAAUCAUUGUGAGUGCGGAGUGCGCGUGGUGUUGCUGCAGUAGCUGUUUUUGUUAGUGCGGAGUGCACGUGCUAUUUUGGCUUUGUGUGUCGCUUUGUGAGUGCGGAGAGCGCGUGAUAUUUUCGUGUGCCUUAAAAUUAUUGUUUUUUUUAUUAUUAUUGUGAUUACAGAAUAGCGUUUGUGUUACUAAAAUGAGUGCUUUCAAAUGCGAAGUGUGUGGGCAUGUGUGUAAUUACAGAAAGAAUCUCAGUCAGCAUGUUUGCAAAAACCAUCAGCAAGAGCUGCCUGUUGCCACUACAACUACUGUAGCUUCUUAUCAGUGCUAUGUGUGUGACAAAAUUUUUUCUCUUAAAAAUAAUUUGUAUCGCCACCAAAGAAAUAUUCAAGGUUUGCAGGAAGGGGGGUUGUUCUUCAAGUGUACAUUGUGCCCAUUUCAAAGUAGUUCAAAACAGGGUUGGAUAGAUCAUUUACAAACUGCUCAUCAAAUUCAACUUAGUUCCGAAGAUCUGCAGUUCUCAAAUGAAGACGAGUUUUUGCAGUGGAAAGAAGACACUGAACGCACGACACAUUCAAAGUUUAUUAAAAUGCAUGGGUCUACUAGUUCCACACAUUAUUAUGUCUGCCAUCGGUCAGGUAACUUUAUCUCCAAAGGUAAAGGCACAAGACAUCUUAAAUUGAUAGGCAUCAACAAAAUGAAUGGAAAGUGCCCUGCAGAGAUGAAAGUAACUGUACACGAAGGUGGAACAUACCAAGUACAUUUUGUACCGACCCACAUUGGUCACAAACAAGAUUUAACGCACCUGCCCCUGAGUCAAAAAGACCGGGAAACCAUAGCAACAGAUAUUGCAAUGGGACUUCCGUAUGACAAAGUUCUAGAUAAUGUACGGACAAGUUUGCAGGAUUCUGACUUGCAGAGAAUCCAUUUGACUACCAAGCAAGACUUUGCAGCAAGCUAUAACCUCUCCUCCAAGUCGGUCAGACAUAAAAAUGGUGCAAUCAGUGUCGAAGCUUAGGUAAAAGAAAUGAACGAAAGUGAGAAUCCGUCUGUGUUAUUCUAUAAACCACAAGACUCGACUAGUGAACAUCAAGAACUGAGGAGUGAGGAUUUUGUAUUAGUGAUAAUGAACAGAGCACAACGCGAAAUGUUAUCAAAAUAUGGAGAAGACUGUAUCUGUAUUGAUGGAACCAAUGGGCUUAACGGGUAUGAUUUCGAAGUGACCACUCUCUUAGUAUUGGAUGAUCUCAGGCAAGGAUUCCCAUGUGCAUUUCUAAUUUCGAACAGGAAGGACGCCGAUGUUUUAAGUAUAUUUUUGCAGUACAUAAAAUCACAGGUUGGAUCAAUUUUCCCCAAUGUAUUCAUGUCUGAUUUGGCAGAGUCAUACAGUAUUGCAUGGAACAGGACAAUGGGUGCUCCUAAAAUGAGACUCUAUUGUACCUGGCAUGUGGACAGAGCAUGGAAAACUAAUAUCAAGCAGAAAAUUUCAGAUCUGGAUAAAAGAAAUGAGGUGUAUCGGCUCAUUAAAUCAGUGUCAAUGCUGAGAAAUGUAAUUAUGUUUCAGGAAACACUGCAAAAAGCACUGCAGAAGCUCAGUAGUGACCCUGACACAUCAGAAUUUGCUUCAUACUUCAAGACACACUAUGAGGGAAAUGUGGAGUGUUGGGCCUACUGUCACAGAAUGUAUGCCGGUCUCAAUACCAAUAUGCAUGUGGAGAGUAUGCAUAGGACGUUAAAGGAAAUACAUGGUAAUGCAAGACAGAUAAAAUGACUGGACAAAGGCAUAUCUACACUAAUGUCCCUAGUUACAGCCAAGAUGUUUGACUGGCUUAUACCAAAUGUAAAAGGGAAGGUUACAAGCAAAGUUCAAGACAUUCGUAAUAAACACAAAACUAGUUUGUUAAUGGACAAGGACCUCAUCACUGAGGUAGAUGGUGGUUGGGAAGUGCCAUCCACAUCAUCUUCAGAGGUGUACAUUGUUAAAGAUAACAGAGUCAACUGUGAGUGCAAAUUAAAAUGUAGUGAUUGCAAUGUGUGCAUACAUAGGUAUUACUGUACAUGUAUGGAUUACAGUAUUAGAUUCAAUAUGUGUAAGCACAUUCACACUGUUUGCCGAGAUGACAGUGUCGGUGAAAAUCCCCUGCAAAGUCCAGAGGUACUGGGUACUGAUGUUGAUGCCACCAGUGAGAGAGCAGCAAUAUUAGCUGAAGUAAGCACAAAAUAUGUUUCAAAAACACCAAAAUCUUUGUUAGAAGGGAGACAGAAGCUUAUUUCAGAGUUUUCCAAUAUUGUCAGUGGAAUGACUGAGACUGAACUGCAGUUGGCCAAAUAAACUGUGUUAUCCUUAAAGGCAAAUGUAGGAGCUGUUUGAGCCCGAACCAGUUAUUUCAAACAAACAGAUAAGGGCCAGAAAAGAAAACUAAUACCACAGAGGAGGCUGUUUUCUACCAAGAAGAAAACAGCACGUAAUAUUCCAAUGUUCCAAAUGCUGAAGAAAGAUGUGAAGUAGUAAAAUCACUUCUGAAUGAGGAGCUCGACAUGAAUCAUGAUGUUCCUGCAGAGCAUAGUCGUGCCGUGCCAGAUGUGCAGCACAGCAAAACAGGGCUUGACACCAAAAAUCACUUGCAUGUUGUAGAACAACCACACAGUAUGUUAUGGCAGUCAGGUAUUCAUCAUGGUGCAUCAGGGCUGGACAUGAACCAGUUUGUUGCUGUGCAGCAUGGUUAUGCCACACCAAAUGUGCAACACAGCACAACAGGGCUUGACACCCACAAUCAGGUCCAUGUUGAACAACCACGCACUAUGCCAUGGCAGCCUGGUGUUCAUCAUGGUGCAUCAGGUGUGUGUAAAGUAAAUCUAAUGGAGAUAACAAUAUUUGAGUAUAAUGAAAUCUGAAGUUAUAUGCAUUUGUGACCUACACAAGCAUGUUUUUAUAGGUUUGAAAACAACAUCAAAAUUGCUGGAGGUAAGACAAAUAGGAACUUUCAACUCUUAAGAUUUAUGUCUGUCAUUUAUAGUACUGUAAGAUUGAUUGUUCACUGUCAUCAUGGUACAAGCAGUAUUUCUCCUUAAGUGCCCAAUGUAAUUAUGUUUUUUGUAUGUCUACUUGUAAUCUGUUUCUGUAAUACUUUAUUAUUCAUGACACUUCUUUUUGUACUAAUGUAUCUGCAAUUAAAUGAUUGGUUGUAUAUUGUCAGAGUGCUCAGUAAACUUUUAUUUUGUACAACGUACAAUGUAUGUAUCAUGUUGUAAUUUCAUUGUACUGUUGGUACUGUAUGUGUGGAAUUAUUUCAUAAUGUUCUAAAUUGUACAACUUUUGAAUGUUAAUGUGGUGUACUAUCCUAAGAAACAAUUGGAAUUGAGGCAUGUAGUGUAACACAGAUUGUGUUUUCAGAUAUAGUUAUCUGAAUAAUCAAAUAUAGUUUGCUACAUCAUUUGUAUGACCAGUGAGAGAAUUUAACCAUCUAUGACUGAGACUGUAGUUUGCAAAGUGAAAGGAAUUCAUUUGUGACCUUUGAGAUUUUUUUAAUGGUUAACUGUUGACAUUACUACCCUCCCAAAGAUAAUGGUAUCCUCUUGGAACAUCAGAUACUGAGUCCCAGGCUGAAUGCACCUUUUUCCCCACAUUUGGUUUACUCUGUUGAGUUAGUAAUUUAUAGAAAGUU